CCCCAGACCCACUAGAGAGCAGGACCUGGCCAAGCCCGCUGCUGCGCCACCGUCCCCCUUAAAUAUAUAUUCGUAUGUAACGAAUCUCGGUUUAAGCUAAUUCUGCAAAACCCUAAGUUACUGGAAAAAGCGGCAAUAUUUCCCCCACGCGAGUCAGUGGGAACGGUCUCAGGGCGCACAUGGAAGUUGAAAUUCCUCUCGCUGCGGGACUAUUUGCACUGUACGUGUUGAAAUUUGCUCAGACUUUCAAAACGGGAGCCUCCUGCUGUCAUUGACUCCUGCUGAUGCAACUACAAGAAUGGCUCUGUCAUUAUUUGUUCUCCGUCUGAUUAUGCUUACCUAACAAACUGAGCUAUUUUCAGCCGCAGUUGAUUUUAAUUUAUUUAUUUAUUAUAACCGGGCCUGAAAUAUGUAGUAAAAUAUAAAGCUUGAGUCGGUGUGUAAUUUCGGGAUGGAGGUUACAACUUCACCGAGGCGGAUGCUUUCUCUGCGCGCGGCAUCUUAUAUUGCAGUAUUAUUAUAUGGAUACAUUUUAAAUACGCAGUGGGCACUUGAGUGGAAAUGUAUCGGUUUUGGGAACGGUCUUCGUACAGAAUCUUUUGAAAUGGGGUGGUGCAUUAAAAAGGUACGCCUACGUGGUAAUCCCCAUCAAGGACUGAAACCGACAACCUUCCUCUGCAAAGUUGUUGCUUCCUUUAAAGCUCAAGGUUAAUAAUUGGCAACUUUCACAAAGUAAUGAACUGUAGGAUUUGAAAUGAAUGUAAAUGAAGACGUCAACACCACACAGGAUGCUGCAGAAAGUGGAAUGUACAGUAUCUCUCAUUGCUACAGCUUGUUCAGCUUCCUUCCUCACAAGUCGGCAAUGCCUGUGGAGUUUGCCAUGCCGAUGUACCUCGCAAGAGACAACUUCCAGUGCAGGAGGACUUCCAGACUGGUGAAGCCCCUAAGGCCAUGCCUGCAUCCAUGUUCCGAACUUCGUUUGAGCCCGCAGCCCCCGCACCAGCAGCAGACUGGUAGUAACAAGGAGAAUGGGAAGACCAAAAAGCAGGUGUCCUUUGCUGACCACAAGGGCCAGGCAUUGACCAUGGUUAAAGUCUUCUCAGAGUUUGAUGACCCUGAUAUCCCACUUAGCAUUCAGGAGCUCUUCACUUCUGUAGCUGACCUGUCCAUCAAUGAGGACAAUCUAGUCCUUGACUUUGCUCAACCGUCUGCAGACUAUCCAGAGUUCCGCAAGCGGUUGGACAACGAAUGCGUGUGCCUUGAGCACUGCGUGCUGAAGGAAAGGGUGUUGGCUGGCACUGUCAAGGUAAAGAAUCUCGCAUUCAGGAAGUGUGUUAAGGUCCGCAUCACCUUCGACACCUGGAAGAGCUACACAGAUGUGGAGUGCCAGUAUGUGCGGGACACCUACACAGGGUCUGACCGUGACACCUUCUCCUUUGAAGUAAGCCUUCCAGAGCAGGUCCCCCCACAUGAGCGCGUUGAGUUUGCCAUAUCUUACGAGAUCGAUGGCCACACCUACUGGGAUAGCAACCAGGGCAAGAACUACAGGCUGGUUCAGUCGGUGCUGAAGAAUGGCCCCCCGAGUAAGUCCACAAUGAAAGACCUCUGCAGCCUGGGUGUCCACAUUGACCGUUAUGGCAGCCCGCGAUGUGCCCACGGGAUCUUCCCUGAGUGGCCAAGUUACGCUGGUUAUGAGGAGAUUGGGCCCUACUACUGAUGCUUCCUGAGAUCAGAUGUAAAUGGAGGCAGAAACUCUGGGGUUUUUUUUUUUAUACUGUUCAUGCAAAAUGUGAAUUAUGGGGAGCAGUAAAGUCUCAAAGGUGUGCUAGGCAAGGCACUGAAGUCAUGUUAAUGUAUUUGCCUCUAUCAGCAGUGUCACACAUUGUAUUGGACCCACCAGAGCUGUGAAUCUUGGAGGGGAACAAAAAGGUGACCUUUUGUGAUCUGAAAUUCACUGUAGAACCUUUGACUUGAGAUCUGUUUGGCUUUGCAAUCUAAUGCCAAUAUUUAAUGAUGCCAGUUCACUACUAUAUCUGAAAGAUGGGUUUUUUCUUUUUUUUUUUCCCCCUCCUUUUCUUUCCUUCUCCCCCUCUAUGGCUCAGUUGCUUGGUGAAGAAGACUGACAUUGCAGGCCAAGCAUGGAAGACUAUAGAGGGUGUCAUGCUUGAUGGCUAAGAAAUAUGAAAUGUAUACAUUGUUUUUCAAAAUUUGUUCAAGAUUAUUCUUUACCAGUGUCAGAAUAGAAAAUCUGUUAGCAGAUCAUUGCAAUAAGGGAAAAGAUCACCUGUCAGACAGCUGUGUGCUCUACGUGCCCUCUUGCUGUGUGAUGUAAGAGGAUGGCGGCUCUGUGCUGAUGCAACAGGAAACUGCGCUUGACUUUUACCAGAACCUGACCACUGAUGCGUCAGUGCAAAACUACACAUCCAGGCUGAUUGGAGUGAUGUUUCCGAAAGGGGAACCAGUUCUGAGAAUAAAAUGGGUAUCUUAGUCUGUCUUGGACCGACCCUUUUGUACAGGUAUAACGCCAGGACAUCACUUUCUGUUGGUUCAUGUCAGAAUUGUGAGGAGUCUUUUUGGCCUUUGCCUUGUUUCCCCAAAUGCACGUUGUCACAGUAGGCAUUCUCUGCAAUUAAUGCUUUUUUGGCUGUUGAACCGCACCCGUCCCAAGUAUGUAGGAUGUGGGCCAAUGCACAAGAUAAACAGGUCUUUUGGUUGGCACUCAGGUUGCUCAUCUGACUUCAAGCUGGUUUCUUGCUGAUCUGUCUUCCUGUUGGUAUACUUUCUGGGUCUUUCUUCAGCAAAAGCCCAGAUCCUAUCUAUUCUUCCUGCUUAGUGGCCUGCCACCAUGCUACAGUUGAGGGUAUGAGGGUUUGGCCAUGGUGACUAUUCCACAGGACAUCAUGUUGUGGUCACCCAUCACUUGACUGACCAUAGAUGUGAGGGAGAGACUGAAGGAAUGCCUUUGGGGUACACUUGCAUUCCUCGGUAUUUGGUAGAGCCCCAAAGAACACCCACAGAAGUUGUACUCCACUCUGCCAGAUGUUCUACAGGAUUUUUUUUUUUUAAAUUCUGUAGAUUUUUAAUAUUGCUGUUUUUGUAAAUAUCAGAUGUUUCCUGAAUGUUCAGUUUUUGGGCUUAUGCAAUAGUUUUAACUACAUAAUUUAAAAUAUAAACUACAAAUAUUUAAGGAAAGACUAUAUUGUGUUGUAAUUUUGUUUAUCAACUAUGUAUUGUUCCUUGUGGAAACGUAAGAACAUGUCAGAUCCAAUUCCCUUCUGCCGAAGAACCUGAUGCUUUAUUGUUUAUAGUUUAAAAAAUAAAAAAAGACAAGGUGUGUACCAGUGGUUGGUUCUUUUUCUAGAAUUGAAACCAAAUCUUCUGCACUUUCAAUGGGCUCUGAUGCUGUUUUUAGAAAUUGAAUUUACGCUGAGUAAAUGAAUGUAAAGCAGGCCUCAGAAGAUCAGCUGAGAAUGGGUUCACUCUUUGGUUGGACUGACAGUGAAGUUCAGUGACUGGUUUUGGUUAAUGGAUCGGAGACAGAUGUUUCUGGAUGAUUUAACCAUAGAAUGGCACUUAAAUGUCCCGUUUCUUUUAUGAACUGGUUUGAAUAUUUUAGGUGGUCAUCCCCAGUUCUUAAAGAGCAGUCACUGUAUUUAAGUGUUUUGUGCAUUUUGUUCCGGAUCUGUAAAGGAUGACCGAACUGCCUUCUAAAAUGUUAUUGGCAACAAGGACAAAUCUGAUAAUGACCCCCCCCCCAAAAAUAAUUGUGGAUUGUCAGUGUGCUUUUUAAAGUAUUAAGUAUACCAUUGAAUGGGGGAGGGGGGCUUUUAAUGCAAACUUUGACUUGCACAAUAAAGAUACCCUUAAU